UGUACGUUCGAACCGUUUUUAUCGCAUCAUCUCAGACUUAUCAACGGCUGAGAUAUCAUCACAUAAAUUGGACCCCUUCCGCCACGGUUUUCACCCCGUGAUUGGUGUACCAUUGCCUCGGUUUCUUUUUUCAAUUCUCUCAGCAAAAAGAUAAAAGCAGUCCCACUUCUCUCUCUCUCUUCAUUGAAUCUCCCUCAAAGCCCAUCUCUGCUAAACUCUGCUCAACCAAUGCCAAUGGCGCCGUCAUCACCACCACCAUCGCCGCCGUCGCUUCUGGUUGUUCUCUUCUUGCUCUCAUCCAUCGCAUUGCUUUGUGAAUCAAGGUUAAGUUUGGAUUACUACUCCAAAACCUGUCCAAGUUUCAAUCAAAUCAUGCAAGAAACCAUAACCAACAAGCAAAUCACCAGUCCCACAACAGCAGCAGGAACUCUUCGUCUUUUUUUCCAUGAUUGUCUCCCGAAUGGAUGUGAUGGUUCCAUUCUCAUCUCCUCCACUGCAUUCAACAAAGCUGAACGUGACGCCGACAUCAACCUGUCUCUUCCUGGAGAUCCCUUUGACCUCAUUGUACGUGCCAAGACAGCCCUGGAACUCUCCUGUCCUAACACCGUCUCUUGCGCUGACAUCCUCGCCGUCGCCGCCCGUGACCUUGUGACUAUGGUUGGUGGCCCGUACUAUAAUGUCUUACUAGGACGGAAAGAUUCAAGAUUUUCUCAAGCUCCUUCAAUAGAAGGGAAACUGCCUAAACCCAACAUGGAUAUGUCACAUAUUAUCAAUCUUUUUGCAGCAAGUGGGUUCAAUAUUCAAGAAAUGGUGGCCUUAAGUGGGGCACACACUAUUGGGUUUUCUCAUUGCAAAGAGUUUAUCUCAAAUAUUGGCAAUGAUACCAAUUACAAUCCAAGGUUUGCUCAAGCGUUGAAGCAAGCUUGUUCAGAUUAUCCAAAGAACCCAACUUUAUCUGUUUUUAAUGAUAUUAUGACUCCCAACAAGUUUGACAACUUGUAUUUUCAGAAUUUACCAAAGGGUUUGGGGCUUUUGAAUUCAGAUCAUGGGUUGAAUAAUGAUCCUAGAACAAAACCUUUUGUGGAAUUGUAUGCAAAGGAUCAGAACAAGUUCUUUCAAGAUUUUGCUACAGCUAUGCAGAAGCUUAGUGUUUAUGGGAUCAAGACUGGGAGCAAUGGAGAGAUUAGGCGCAGGUGUGAUGCUGUUAACUGAGUUUUUGAGCUGUUAUUACUGUCUGAGAUGGUGAAUUUUGUUUUCUUUUAACUGAAUUCUUUCUCGGGUUUUGAAGAUCUUUUGAAAAUAUGUAUACUUCUCUUUGUUUGUAUCAAUUGUCACAUCAGGCUUAAAUUUAUACAUAUUUAUUCUGUGUUCUGGGUUUCAAAGUUCCAUUCUUUUUUUGUUUUUCUGUAGUGCUGCUGCUCCUGGAUUUCCCUGAUUCUGUUUUACUUGUUUCUAUGAUUAACACAGAAGAAGCUGACCUUCAACUUAAAAGUUUUUGUAUAGUUUAAUUAGAAGCUUCAUUUAGGUGAUUCUGGUUCUGGAAACAUGGGGAGAUGUUGUGAAUUGAAAGAGUGGAUAUAAUAAUUAUGAAACCAACCAGAGAGAUGCCUUUUUUGGGGUUUUAAAAUUCAUGAUGUUGGAUUGUUUAAGUUCCUUGAGUUUACUUUUGUCUCUUCUCUUUGUCUUCUUCAAGAAAUAGAUUAAGUACUAGCUUAGUCAUCAAUUUGAAAUAUCAAUGGUGAGUGUAUUUUAUAUCUGAUGAUGCCUUUAUCCAUUCACUAAAUCUUUCUCAACCUGGGUAAUCACACCAUUCCCACCUGCUACCAUGUGGGGAGCGGUUAUUCAUUUUGAAAUGCAGAAUGGAAAAUUUUUCCCAGAAUUUAACAACCAAAGAAAGAAACCAUUUCCAAGAAAGCAACCUCAUUUGGUUUCAGCUGUGUUUGAUUUCUUACUUGAGUU